UAUAUACACGUGUGUAUAUAAAAUUUUAUAUUUGCCCAUUACAAAUUUUAUGGGGGAUACAGCUUGAACACACGAUGUUCUUGAAUGCUAAAUUUAAUAAUUAGAUUAUUUCGUAGGUAUGAAUCUGAUGUGAAGCGGAACCAAUAGCAUGAUCAUUUGUUCCUGCUUGUAUGCCGGACGUAGUUAAGUGAAGGACGGGAGGCCGCGAUGGCGGCGGGCGAGCAGGCGGUGGAGAUGGAAUCCGAACAGGCGUUGGAGUCUAGCUCUGGUCAGGGCUCUGCAAGAUUUGUGGGUGCACAGACCACGGCGGUCAAGAUCAACUUUGACGCCGAGAAGCGACUGGUUUGCGCCGAGUACCCUGGGUUGGUCCGCGACCCGCUGAAGAUGCUGGAGACCCUGGGCGGGGAGGAGGGGGUCUCCCGGGCUUAUGCUGAUCCAUGCAGGAGGCUUGAACUGCACUUUCGUCCAAAGGAUCCUUACUGCCACCCUGUGUGUGGUAACCGCUUCCCUUCAACCAGUAUGCUACUUAGGGUCAAAAGGAGAAGGAGAAAAAUUACUGCAAAAGAAACUUCAAAGGAAGGAGAGAGCGAAGAGGUUAAAUACGAAAUGGAAAUUCUUGGAAUCAUUGGGACCACUUACAAAUUUCAGGGUAUGUCUGAUUUCCAAUUUCUUGCCUUGCACAAUACGACAGAAGGCUCACAGAUGUCCAUGUAUGACAAGGUCAUCCUCCGCAAGCCUGAACACAAAGAGUUUUUUGACCAGGAGUUGCCACUCUACAUCCCUCCUCCAUUAUUUUCCCGUGUAGAUAAUCCUGUAGAUUAUUUCUACCGACCAGAAGUCCAACACAGGGAAGGCUAUCACCCUCCAAAACUGUCCAACGAGAACUUGAUCGGUCUGGGCCGAGCCCGCCGUCCACACAAUGCCAUAUUUGUGAAUUUCGACGAUGCUGAGGUCCCAUCCCAGCCACUUGAAGCUGCAGUUCAGAACUGGAGAAAAUUUAACACUCAAGUGGUAGACCGGAAAGCUGAAGAAGAACUGAAAGCGCUCUUUGAAGUUCGGCCCAUUUGGUCUCGAAAUGCAGUGAAGUCAAAUAUUAAUAUCCAUCCAGAGAAACUGAAGCUGCUGCUGCCUUUUGUAGCCUACUACAUGCUUACAGGUCCUUGGCGAAGUCUCUGGGUAAGGUUCGGAUAUGACCCAAGAAAAGAUUCCAAAGCAAAGAUUUAUCAAGUGUUGGAUUUCAGACUUCGUUGCAGCACGAAACAUGGUUAUAUGCCCUCUGAUAUGCCAGUGAAGGCAAAGCGCAGCACAUUUAACUACAGCCUGCCCAUUACCAUCAGCAAGCCAGCCCCCCAGGUUGUGAGUAUUCAGGAUCUAACAAAAGGUUCUAAGGUUCUCAACUUCCCACAGAGGAAAAUAUCAACUCUAUCUGGAUACAAGCUUAAAGAGUCGGCAUACAUCUUCAGAGAGGACACUUUGCCACCUUAUCGACAGAUGUUUUACCAGUUGUGUGACUUGGACGUGGAGAGUUUAAAAGAGAUUAUCCAUCGUAAUAAAGGCAAAGAGACCACUUGUAAUGAGAGGGAUGGCUGGUGUUUGCCCAAAACCAGUGAUGAACUCCGGGAUCGGAUGUCUAACAUGAUCAAAGAAAUGUGUCGCAAGAACCGAGCAGUUUCAACCUCUUUGAGGAAGAAGCCAUCAGUCACAAAAGCGUAUGAAUCUGAGGAGGAGGAGGAGGAAGAUGAGGAGGAAGAGUAUGCACCAUCAGAGGGAAGCGAAAAUGAAAUGGAGACUGAAAUUCUUGAUUAUAUGUAAUUUAGUUGUGAACUGGACUCAGUUACAGGGCUUAGUAGAGCAACACUGAUUAUGUUUUACUGAAAAUACUGACAAAGGAUGGUGGUUUUGCUUGGACUGUUUGAGACCUUGUUCAGCAGGGUCUUAUGUUCCCGUUGCAGGCUGCAUUGGGGCCAACCUGUCUGAUAGAAGAAGCAGCUGCUAGAGGUGGUAUUGGUCAACACUCACUGAUUGUACAGUUACUUGCCAAGGCAGUUUAUUGGAAAGUGACCAAAAUGUGGACGUGUUUAAUUGCACAGGUGAUACGUGGAGAAGAGGUGUGCAACCAAUUUGCUGCUCUGCAGCAUCUCUGUGUCUCUAUUAUGUAAACAGGAAGGCAAGUGAUUAUGUGAAGGCUCAAUAACACGUGUAUUUAUGAGUUAGUAACAGAAUAUUAAAUCAGACUUCUUCCCACAGUUUGAUGUGAGAAUGCAUGGUUGAGUACUGGGCUGCAGGCUGGUGUUCUCUGUGACAUCUUAUCCUUCAUAACUUCUCCUGCUGCGAAUGUCCAUUCUCCACUAAGACUUCAGUAGGCAGCUAAUCCACCAAGACCAGCUUCCUCUUGCUGGCCACUGUGUUGACAUCAGAAUCAGUUCCAGACACAGGUAGCAAAGCUAGGUUGCAUGAUUUGGUGCAUCUUUUAUUUUGUAAACAAAUGAGAUCCAGAAGGAGCAGAGUGCCUUCACCAACACACUGGUGUGCCUACAAUCAGAAACUGGCAAGAGUUUCAACGAGUGGAGGGGAAGACAAGGCUCCACCAUCAGAACAACUUCAGCCUUUUCCAGCAUUUACAGGUUUUAUUUCAAGUUUCCAGCAUUUGCAAAACCGUGCUUUUCAAUUUCCACUAUCUCUGAUUGGAAACUGGUGACAAAGAUUCUUCCCACUCACUCCGAAGUUAAUACAACAAACAAAUGGCAACUCCCAGUAAGCCUGCAAUCCACAUGUAACAUCCAUAGAUCUUGGUUCACUCAACCUGAGGUUAAAUUCUUUGGCUGUGGAUUGGAAGAGAAUGCAUUCAUACCUCUGCAAAUGAAAGACAAGAAUAGACAUUCCUCACAGUCACAUCACCAAACAUAUCAUCGAUGAGUUCAUACCAAUAACCAUAUAACAGUUACAGCACGGAAACAGGCCAUCUUGGCCCUUCUAGUCCAUGUCGAACACUUACUCUCACCUAGUCCCACCUACCUGCACUCAGCCCAUAACCCUCCAUUCCUUUCCUGUCCAUAUACCUAUCCAAUUUUUUUUUUAAAUGACAAAAUCUAACCACCCUCUACCACUUCUACUGGAAGCUCGUUCCACACAGCUACCACUCUGUGAGUAAAGAAGUUCCCACUUGUGUUACCCCUAAACUUUUGCAUCUUAGCUCAUGUCCUCUUGUUUGAAUCUCUCCUGCUCUCAAUGGAAAAAGCCUAUCCAUGUCAACUCUGUCUAUCCCCCUCAUAAUUUUAAAUACUCCUAUCAAGUCCCCCCUCAACCUUCUACACUCCAAAGAAUAAAGACCUAACUUGUUCAACCUUUCUCUGUAACUUAGGUGCUGAAACCCAGGUAACAUUCUAGUAAAUCUCCUCUGUACUCUCUCUAAUUUGUUGACAUCUUUCCUAUAAUUCUGUGACCGGAACUACACACAUUGAUAUUCCUACUUGGCAUUCUUGGUAGUUUGGUUUGGAGAUUAGUAGUGCUAGGACGGUUGUGUGUGGUUGAAUGAACUCAUGGCAUCUCCAAGCUUCAGGUGGAUUAUCUUAUCAGUAUGGUGAAUGAUGUGCUAUUAACCUUGAUAACUAAUGACACUUUCUCUAUCCGACUGAACCUGAUAAGCAUGGAAUCAGAGGGAACAAGGUGCGCCAACAGUGAAUGGAUAGCUUGAGAUGGCUACUUCUCUUCCCCACACCUUCUCUCCGUCCUUCCUUUCCUGAAAGUGUUAAAAAUAGUUCACAUUUCCAAGGUUAUGAGUGAAAGCGUGAUGGAGGAGGUGUGCAGAGUCCAUUACAAAUGGAAAGCAUGCAAGCAACAGGUGUUUGAAACUCAGAACACAAACUAAUCUUGUGCUUGAGAAAUUCUCAGCUGUGGAACUGUUAAGAUAAGAGAGUGCUAUUUGUGGAACUGCUUAUCUAUAGAAAGCAGGGACUACAGAGUGCAGGAUGAGAGCGUUACUUUUAUUGUGAAGUCAGCUCAAUUGAUCUUCUGUCUCUUCAUGCUUUAUUGAACCGUUUUCAAUCAUUUAAUAGCGAUUAGUGCAACAUAAUUACAGCUCGGGGCGUUGAAGUUCAGAAUCAAUCUGUAAGGAGUUUAUAUCUGGACUACAUGGGUUAUCACCAGUGUUCUGGUUUCCUCUAACAUUCCAAAGACAUACCAUUUAGCAAGUUAGUUAGUCAUUGUAAAUUGUCCCAUGAUUAGAGUUAAAUCAGGGGUUGCUGAGUGGUGUGGCAUGAAGGGCCUAUUCCACCCGUAUUUUUAAAUAAAAAACAAGUAAAUCAAAUGAAAGCUGGCACUAAUGCCUCUCACAUUUGCUGUAUGCUUCAUUUCAUAGACUUAAUAUUGUAACACAAACUCAUUGCACUUCCUGUGCCUGGGGAGGUACAACUUUGCUCUCUAUUGCAUAUGAAAGAGAACUAAAGUUUAGAAUAGUAUAACCAAAAGAAAAGUCAGUUGUGCACGUAAGUA